AAUAUUUGAUCCUUCCAUAAACCUACCUCGGCCUCUUUAUUCAUUACUACCAUCAUAUGGCUAUAAAUACCAAGGCCCUUUCUCUUUGGUUUGCACGCCAAGGUUUAAGGUUUCAAUUUGAGACAGUGAGCUCCGUUGCAGUACUUGUGUUCUCUAGCAAUGGCUAUGAUCACCAAGUUUCUGAUUGCUUUACUUUUCUUCUCUCUUCUUGUUCUCCAUCUUGCCGAGGCUGAUCAUGAUACAGUGAACUCAAAUCUGGCUGCGAGUUCCCCUCCUACGAAAAUUGAUUGUGGUAGCGCUUGCGAGGCGAGGUGCCAGUUAUCAUCUAGGCCACGCCUGUGCAAGAGAGCAUGUGGGACUUGCUGUUCAAGAUGCAGCUGUGUGCCUCCAGGAACGGCCGGUAACUAUGACGCUUGCCCCUGCUACGCCAGCUUGACUACCCAUGGCGGCAGACGCAAGUGUCCUUGAAGCAAAUCUCGAGCAUCUCAUGAUUUAAUAAUAUACAAGAAAAUAUGCUGCUCUUAUAUGUAAACCGGAAAAUCAGGCUGCUAUUAUUAAUUAUAAAGUUUCUGUAAUUUUACUCUGUUUUCUAUUAUCUAAAAAUUGUACUUGGUUUCGAUAUGUAAUCUCUUAAGGGGAGCGUUUUUUUUCCGUGGUUAA